AUGCAUGUGGUUGUAAAUCGCUCUGCGGAGCUUUCUGGCUCGGCAUAUGCACGACUCGAGCUAAUGAACGGUCUGCAGCGACUGGGCCUCGGCUCGGCGCACGAGCGUGCCUCCCCGUUCGAUGCAUGCAGGCCGGAGUGCAGCCGCCCACCGCUGGAAAGUGGCGCCAGCAGGGCCAGGAACGGCAGCGAGUGGGGGCAAAACCGGCUGUUAAGGCUUCGAGCGCAGCGCGCUCAAGACGUGUCGCGGAGCACCCGAUCCCGCGUGUUCAUACGAGGGGAAGUGGCGGCCAAAUUAUUGCGGUCGGUGCAGCUGCGUGCGCGCCAGCGCGCGCCGCUUUCCUUCGAGCGACACGCGGACAAGUCAGGGUGCCCGUGCAGAUCUGGGUUUCACCGCACACAGCGGCGCUGGAGCGCAGCUGCGCUGCGCAGCACACGCGUGCGCGCGCGCGCGCGCGCGAGCGGUAUGUCGCAGCUUGGCAACGCAAUCACGUAUAUAUAUAAAAGCGCUGGCUGCGGUGGCCCCGGGCAAGCGCGAGCUGCGGGUAGCGCCGGUUCCCAAAAGUUACACCAACUCCCGAAGCCGUGUGAACCCUCCACCUCGCAUUUCGCCAUCGACCUCCCCAACUCGUGUGCAGUGGAGCGCGACCGUGACACGCAACCCGAUCCAGACGACCACGCGGAACCCGUCCCAUGGCGCUGGGACCGCGAAGUUGACCAUCCCAUCGCUCAAAUGCCCCAAAUUCACGUUCCCGCACGUGCGCGCGACCGCUCGCCGCACGAACGUGCACGCUCGCUUACUGAGAUUCUGCGCGAUGUCAAGAAACCCGAGAUCCAUACGCGCCGGUACACCAAUUUCGUGCUUAUGAGCAAGCCCACAGUUACCAUCCCUCCGGCCAUCCCUGUGGCUGCCACCACUCCGCCCAUCCUGCCCCUGACCCCGGUCUCCGCGCAGCCGUUGCUACUCCCGCUGCCCCUGGACAGCGUGGCCGGCGGUAGCGGCGGCGGCGCCGGAAAUACCAGUUCCAUCGGCUCCGUCGGCGGCUCCGGCGGCGUCACGCCGCCGCGAGCCGCGUGCGAGUUUUCUGCCGACGCCGAUCCGCACGCGUCGUUGGCGCCAGUCUUGCGUCAGCACCCUGGCGUCGGCGGCCGGCCCGCUAGCGCCACGUUGCACGAGUGCCUGGUGUGCGGCAAGCGGUUUUCACGGCCCAGUGCGCUCAACACGCACGCAUUGAUCCACACCGGCGACCAGCCGUUUUGCUGCGACGAGCCGGGCUGUGGCAAGAGAUUUAACGUCAAGAGCAACUUGAUAAGGCAUAAGAAGAUCCACGCGAAGGAGCCCCGGGCGGGCGCGCACGGACACCGCGGCCUCGCGGACAACAUGUAA